UUUUUAUUUUUUUUAUUAGUUGCAUAUAAAUAGGAAAAUCCAGUGUUAGAGCCAGCACAUGAGUGAAAGACCUAGGACUGUAAAUCAAACAAGCCCCGUCAUCCAUGGCCUGCACAAUCGAUUUCCGCUGCCUAGACGAGGGCUUCGGUGGCAAAACCUACAAGCGCUAGAGAAACCCCCAAUCCGCCGACGAAGAUGCCUCUAUCUUUGGCGGCGCUGCAAUGGAUAUCGACGACUCAUAUCCACCUCCGGCGAAGCGGUCGGCGGUACCCUCCUCGGACAAUCCUGACAAGCCCAUCAUCGGGAAGCCGAGCUACGACGGCGUGAUCGCAGGAAAAGUCUCCGGCCGGAAAUGGAAGCAGCCGAGGAAGCAGAGGGCGUCGGCGGCGCAAGUCAGCCGAAAGGGACAACUUGAGGAGAGGGCGAAGGCGAAGAAGAUAAAGAGGGCCUACAGAGAGAGAAUGACGGAGCUGAAGGACGAGAUCAAGAAGAACAAGGAGGAGAAGAGGAGGAAGAGGGAGGAGAGGGAGAAGAAGAAGAAGGAGAACAUUUUGAGGUCUGGUACUAGGCUGCAGGUGAUUUCGAACCCGAAAACGAUAAAAAAGAUUGCAAAGACGAAGGAUCGGAAGCUCCUCCAGCCGGUUCCGGAGCAUUUGAUCAACAAGAACAGGAGGAAGAGGAACAACAACGACGAAUAGACUAGUGAGUUGGUUUACUUUUCGGUUUUAUGUCUAGGGUUGGAUUCAAUUUUGAUCCCUUGUGUUUGUUAUGGUGGCAGAGAGUUGUUGUGCUAUGUUCUGAAUAUAGUUUCUUUGUGUGCGAAAUCUUUUGCUUGCUCGAAUUUUGCAUCUACGAAUUAGUUGUGGUUGAUAUUUAUAUGAUAAAUGGAAAGGAACACAAAUAAUAAAUGGAAAGGAACAUCUCUUUUGAGACAA